AUGUUUGGUGUGAUCGAAGAACAAGCAGAUUGCAUCUAUAAACCAAGAAUUGCCUGUGGCCGUGAGAAGUUAGGAGAGAGUCAUGGAACAGAUUCCUUUUCAAAGCCUCCAGAAGGAACCCACCCUGAUGACCCCAUGACUUUAGACUUCCAGCCUCCAGAACUUGGGCCCUGCAAAUUAUGUAGUCAGUCCUGCCUUGGCAAGUGUGGAUUUCGAGGCUUGGUGGAUAUGAACUUGAUUGGAAUGUGUUCAAGAAACAAUGGGAGUCGUUUUGAGAAACCUUCGUCUUGUGGUUCACAGAUGCCCACUUGUUCCUGCCACCGCUAUUAUUCCAAGCUUACCCAGUUCCCAAAGUACCGGGGCAGAGCCGCCGCCUCCCGGGAGGCCUCCUUGCACGGCUCGCUGAUGCUCUCCGGAGCGGGCUCGUGGCGCCGGCGGGGAGUGCUGCGGGAGCUGUUGGGACUGCAGGGGGCAGCUCCCGCCGGGUGGCAGUCGGAGGAGCGCGCCGAGGAACAGUCCCCCGGCGGGCCGGGCGGCAGCAGGAUGUGCAUGGAGCCCCGCGAGCACGCGUGGAUGCUGGCGGCCGCCGAGGGCCGCUUUGAGGUGCUGCGGGAGCUGCUGGAAGUCGAGCCGGGGCUGCUCCUACGGGGUGACCCGAUCACCGGCUACUCGGUGCUGCACUGGCUGGCCAAGCACGCGCCACGNNACGGGCGCCACGAGGAGCUCAUCCUGGUGCACGACUUCGCCCAGCGCCGGGGGCUGCCGCUGGACGUGAGCGCCCCGGGGAGCGGCGGCUUCACGCCCCUUCACCUGGCGGCCCUGCAGGGCCAUUACCUGGUCAUCAAGGUGCUGGUGGGCGCCUUGGGAGCCGACCCCACGCGCCGUGACCACAGCGGCCACCGGCCUUGUUUCUACCUGCGGCCCGACGCGCCCUGGAGCCUGCGGGAGCUGUCGGGGGCUGAGGAGUGGGAGACGCCGAGCGGCUCUGAGCGGAACAACGCCAACAACAACAGCAGCGGCGGCGCCUCCGCGUGGACGCUGCGAAGGACUCUGAGCGCGUUGGGUGCGACGGCCUCCGAGACGACGAGAGCGGCGAGGGUGCCCCGCAAGGAGAAGGACUCCACGGGCAGCCGGGUGGCGCAAAUUCAAGGCUUUUUCCGCCAGAUAUUCCCCUUCUUCCAGGACCGUUGAGGGUCACGUAGGUGAGAGCGCGGAGGGACCGCACCGCUGUGGCCAGGCCUCGGUCCUUGGGUUGUCGAGUGUGCUGGGCCUGCGAGGAGC